AUGAGCCCGUCUCCCGGCGAUCAUCCAGACAGGAAGCUUCCUGUUUGGAUGGACCGAAAUAACCUGUUCGGUCGCUUACAUUACCUGUUCCUUCGAGGAGCAGGUGGUCAAAGUCUUCCCAAGAAUCCUUUUACAAUCGGCAAGUCAGUUGAAAACCAUGCCGGUAAAAUCGAAAGUGGAUACUAUGAUAGCAAGAACCAGUGGUAUGUGUUGAAAGUACGCAACGAAGAACAAGUUAAAAAACUCGAACUAUUAAAAAGUUUAAUCGAUGGAACAAAAAUAGAAAUCGGUCGCCAUCCGAAUUUAAACACCCGAAAGUUUGUGGUUCAAUGUCAUGAGGUCGGUGAAAUGACAAACGAAGAACUUCUCGCAGAACUCAUACCUCAAAAGAUUACCAAAGUGCAGCGCAUCACCAGAAAAACAUCAAACGGAAUCGUUGGAACGUCGACUUUUAUUUUAACCGUUAACAGCACCGUGAUACCCGAGUUUAUAGACUUCGGUCUUUUAAGAUUGAGAACCCGAGUUUAUUAUCCGUUGCCCCUACUUUGUCGAAAAUGUCUGGAAUAUGGUCAUCCGAAGGCCAAAUGCACGAACCAAAUCGCUUGCAUCAAAUGCUCCGGAAAACACGAAAGCACCACGUGUCGCAAUGAUCCGUUUUGCCUGAAUUGCAAAGAAAACCACAGUCCAGUUGAUCGAAGUUGCAAGAUCUGGAAAAAUGAAGCCGCCUCACUUAAACUCGCCAUCGACCUGAAUAUCUCCCUAGCCGAAGCACGGAAAAGUAUAACAUCCACCACUAGCAUUUACAACACCAGCUACGCUGGCGUAGCCAAAUUGCAGCCGCACACAUCUAAUAAUCAUCAAAACCCGAAGUCUUCAAGCACAAAGCCGAACGAGGUCCAACAGAAGCAGCAUCAACCCAAUCCGAACACCAAACGAAGCCACCAAAAACCGAAUUUACCAGCACCAACCGAAAAAUGUAGCGCAAAUGUGCAAACGGACUCACCACCAAAAAAAAGGAAUGAUCCUCAACCUUUACGUCGCUCAUCCUCCAAUCCAGAAAUGGAAGUGAACAGUGAUCAGAGCAAAAAUACUGAAAUCCUCAUCUUUACUCAUGCGAGCCAGUGUAGCUCAGCCACGGUUUCGCAUGAUACAAAGUUGAAAAAUAAACCUAUCCCCUUCCCCUUCCCUAUCCCUAAAAAACCCAUCCUUAGAUUUAAAAAAUAG